GGCCUGCCCCUAACAAAGAUGGCGGGGGAGGCCUCGUAGGGGCAGGCUGAUUUAACACCCAAACCCGCGGCGGCUAAGGAAGACAGCGGGAGCGACGCGGCGCGAGCAUGGAGGAGGGCGGCAGCGGGGGCAGCGACGGCAGCACGGGCGGCAGCGGCGGGGCGCAGCAAAGGGAGCUGGAGCGCAUGGCUGAGGUCCUGGUCACCGGGGAGCAGCUACGGCUCAGGCUGCAUGAAGAAAAAGUUAUUAAAGAUAGGCGACAUCAUCUCAAAACCUACCCAAACUGCUUUGUCGCAAAAGAACUGAUUGACUGGCUGAUUGAGCACAAAGAGGCUUCUGACAGAGAGACAGCAAUCAAACUCAUGCAGAAGUUAGCAGACCGGGGCAUCAUUCAUCACGUGUGUGAUGAGCAUAAGGAGUUCAAGGAUGUCAAACUCUUCUACCGUUUUAGAAAGGACGACGGUACCUUCCCGUUGGACAAUGAAGUGAAGGCCUUCAUGAGGGGACAGAGGCUGUAUGAGAAGCUGAUGAGCCCUGAAAACACACUUCUGCAAGCGAGGGAAGAGGAAGGGGUGAAGUAUGAACGCACCUUCAUGGCAUCUGAAUUCCUGGAUUGGCUGGUUCAGGAAGGUGAGGCCACGACAAGGAAAGAGGCUGAGCAGCUUUGCCACCGGCUUAUGGAACAUGGCAUCAUACAGCAUGUGUCCAACAAGCACCCAUUUGUGGACAGCAACCUUCUCUACCAGUUCAGAAUGAACUUCCGGCGGAGGCGCAGACUGAUGGAGCUGCUCAAUGAAAAAUCUCCCUCCUCUCAGGAAACUCACGACAGCCCCUUCUGCCUGAGGAAGCAGAGCCAUGACAAUCGGAAAUCUACCAGUUUUAUGUCCGUCAGCCCCAGCAAGGAGAUCAAGAUUGUGUCUGCGGUGCGGAGGAGCAGCAUGAGCAGCUGCGGCAGCAGUGGCUACUUCAGCAGCAGCCCCACGCUCAGCAGCAGCCCCCCUGUGCUCUGCAACCCCAAGUCCGUGUUGAAGAGACCUGUAACUUCUGAGGAACUCCUGACUCCCGGAGCUCCGUAUGCAAGGAAGACGUUCACGAUUGUUGGUGACGCUGUUGGUUGGGGCUUUGUGGUGCGGGGAAGUAAGCCGUGCCACAUCCAGGCCGUGGACCCCAGUGGCCCAGCGGCGGCGGCAGGAAUGAAGGUCUGUCAGUUUGUCGUCUCUGUAAAUGGGCUCAAUGUGCUGCAUGUAGACUACCGGACCGUGAGCAAUCUGAUUCUGACAGGCCCUCGGACGAUCGUCAUGGAAGUCAUGGAGGAGUUAGAGUGCUGAGCAGGUGGACGUCCUGCCCUUAUGUGGCCUGAGGAUGAUCAAAGCCAGGACAACACAAAGCAAUGCAAUGACAAGACUUCCAUUCAAAUGGAUGGUUUUGGACACACAAAUCUUUUCUCCAUACAUACACAUCUUGAUUUGAGUUUCAUACACUGUUUGAAUGUGGAAAAACUGGGUAGAUCAUAUAAAAAAAACCAAUUUACAUCAGUGUAGAAAAAAAUUCAGAAAUAGAAUUUCCUUACAUAGUAGAAUUGCCUUACUCGAUUUCUAUUUGUAGUUCUCAGCCAUUGUUUUCUAUCUUGGUUCACCGAAAGUUGUCAAAAAUGCUCCUCUGGCCAAAACAGCAACAUGCUAAAAUCCCCUCAUAGGAGUCAAUAGAAUAAUUGUUAGAGAUUUUAAAUUGUUCUCUUACCAAAAUGAACAUGGAACUGUUUAUUAAAGGAUCUGGGUUUCACCACAGUUCUAAUUAAAGCCAUCUUCAAAGGAAUAUUACCUGCUAUCUAGCAUUUUGAAGAAGGUCCUAAAGCAUUCAAGUGCUUGAAAGCCGUUGAAAAAAUGACUUUUUCUUAAUUCCCGCCUUUAGCAUCAACUUCUAACAUAUGUUUUCAAUUAUGGCAUUAGUUAGGAAACAAAAACCUCGUGAUGAAUAUGGAUGGGAUAAAUAGAAAGAUACUACUUAUGAUUAUUUGCUCUGAUUUCUCUUUCUGAGCCUAAAUAAUUUUAUCAAUCAGUUCCAGAAGCUUCCUAGAAUUAAUCCAGCAUAUGUUGAAUGUCAAAACAGAGGAAUUUGUAUAUACACAUAUCAAGCCUCAGGCAAGAUUUCACUUUGAAGUUGUCCCUUUUUAAGUGAAGUAUCCUAGAACUUGGCCCAUAUGUGAUAAAACUUGAACUUAAAUUGCCUUGUUGACCUGAAUUUUUACUAGCUUUCUAGUGUAACACAUUCAAAGGAAUGACAUGUCCUGCUUAGUUGGUGGGAUUAUUUUUCACCAAAACAUCGUCUUGUGUUGUCAUCUUUCAGCCCACUGUAUAUAUGCAUGUUUCUUUUUUUGGUUUAGAGAAGAAUGCAUUUGGGGGCUUGGUGUAUAGAGGAAAUUCCUCAAAGUGCCAAAUUAGGUAGUCAGGGAAGGCAAAACUCUUAAUUUCAUAUAAUGCAUUCUGAACAACUAGGUUACUUUCUUAUCAUGUAUUAACAAAACGAAAUAUGAAUGUUGUACCUCAGCCAUGCUUUUUGUGAUAGGUUAUCAUAACGUAAUGGUACUGGUGGAAUGGAUGUCAUGCCGUGUUAAAGAUGUUACGUGUAUGUGUUUCUGGUCAUCCAACUUUUCUGAUCUUAGCUUUAGUCAGAGAAUAGGAUUUUGAAAUAAUAUAGAAUGUCUCACAUUCGUACCGUCGAUCUACAUUUGGGAGCUAGUAUCGUCUCUGUAUGUGCGUUUAUACUGUAUGCCAGGCUUUGUGCUACGGCACCUAACAUAUGUGAUCCCUUUGAAACUUCAUCAAAACCCUCCAAGACAGAUAUUAUUACCCUCAUUUCUCAGAUGUGGCAACUAAGUCGGGGCAAACUUCAGAAUGGUCUCCGUGUUCACACAGCUGCGAGAACUACCAAGAUUCAAACAUUUGUCUAAUGCUAAAUCCGGUGUUCCCGCCCCUCCCUCAGCCUUUCCCACUGUUUGGAGCUUAUUUUGUACCCAGUGCUGCGCUAGCACCCUACAUCACUUAUUCCUACUGACCUGUGAGGCCAUUAUGGCCAUUAUCUCCAUUUUACAGCUGAAGAAGCUGAUUCAUCAAGAGAUUAGUCAUGUGCCUGAGGCCACACAACUAGUAAGUGGGAGACUUUAUGAUUCAGCUUGAAAAGUUUUUAUGACAUCUUUAAAAGAUGAGUCUUAGAUGCUGCCUGGGCCCAGGGCUUCAUUAAGUGACAAAAGAAGGAAGACCACCUUUGACAAGGGCAUCUUCUUCUUGCCUGCCAUCUAUACUUUGUACUCACGUCCUACUGCCCGUCAUCUUGGGUCCUGGCAUAAUCUCACUUCCCUUGGACCAACCUAAGUACCAGAAAAGCAUCUAGUCAGCCAACCAGAUGCUUUCUUUACUCGAUUCAGCUUCCUGCCGGAGGAGUUUCUUUGAUUCAGAGAGUGUUAGUGAUGUCUUUGGUCAAAUGACUGCUAGGGGAAGAAAAGGAGGAAAGAAAGAAGGAAAGAAAGGAAGCAGGAACUGUUUCUUCCUUUGGUUCCCAUCACCCUCAGUUUAAAGGCCAGCUUCCAGAGAAUUCUACUUAAGGCCAAGAGAGCUUUACCUUAGCUACUCCGCAGCACCCCCUGACAUCCUUACCUGGUAAUUAAAGUGAGUGCUCUCAUUCCCAUCAGGCCACUAUUUAGCUCUCUCACAUAUAGCUCCUCCUCUCUGGAAUAUGAUUUCUCCUUCUUUGCCUGGAGAAAUCUGUCUAAUGAACUCCCCUUAGAUAUUACCUUCUCUGAGAAACCUUUGCCAGCUCCCUGGUUCAGAAAUCAACUCCCCUUCUUUUAAGGCCCCAUUUGCAUCAACCCCCUAUGGUGACAGCACUGAUGAUAUUUACUGUGAGGUUGUCCCCCCACAUGUCUGUCUCCGUAACUUUUCACUCUGAGCAUCUGCAGCAUGGGACUGUGUCUUGUCACCCAGGUGUUUCCCUCACCUGGCACAGUUUGUGAUUAUAGUAGCAUACCAGCUAUCCAUGGCUGCCUAAAAAACCACCCCACAACGUGGCUUAUAACAUUCUAUGUGCUCAUGAUCCUGUGCAUUGGCAAUUUGGGCAGAGCUUUGCAGGGAUGGCCAGCCACUGCUCAGGUAGUGCUGGUUGGGUUCCCACACACAUUUGUGGUGUAGGAUGGCUCUGUUCAUGUGUCUCACAGAUGGCUGGGGGUGUUGACUGAGGUGCCUCCAUUUCACCCCAUGUGGCCUUUCCCCAUAGGAUUACUCGUUAGAUCUCAUGAGAUCAAAGGUGAGAAUGGAAACUGCAGGACCUUUUGUGGACUUGCCUGGAGAGUCACACACUGUUACUCCUGUAACAUGUUGUCAGUCAAAGCAAGUCACUACAGAAUGAGCACUGGGUGUUAUUCUGUAUGUUGGCAAAUUGAACACCAAUAAAAAAUAGAUUUAUUAUUAAAUAAAAUAAAUAAAUAAAAUAAAAUAGUAUUUCAAAAAAAAAAAAGCAAGUCACUAAACUAACUCAGAGUCAAGAGGUGGGGAAUAGGCUCUACCUUUGAUGGGAGGAGCUGCAAAGAAUUUGUGGCUACUUUUAAUCCACUAAGAGUAGGUACUUACCAUUCAUAGAAUAAAGGACUAAGGAAUUAGCCAGCUAUUGAAAGGCUUCAGCUUUUCAGAUGCAAAUUCCUGACCAAAUACUGGGUAGGAGUUUGAUAUUAAGUUGUGAAUAAAGCCCAGUGCCUAAUGAAAACUUCAAAGUCAGAAAAUCCUAAAAUAAUAGUGCCACAUGGAGCCAUAGAGAGCAUGAUUUCCUGUCCGCAUUUUACUGAUGAGGACACUGCAGUGUGGAAUGUUCAGGUGGCGCACCCCAGCUCAAGAGGCUUGCUGGGGCAAGAGCCUGGGUUAGACACCAGUCUUCUGUCGCCUAAUUAUAUGUCCUUUACAAGAUAGCUUUUUGUGGUGGACACAGAUGUGGUAAAAAUAGGCCUUUGGCUUCUGGAUAUUCAUAAAAUGCAAGUAGUGCCAAUUACCUGUGAACAUGAAGGGUGUACAUUUUAAUUGACUCAGGCCUUGGAUUGUUAAAUCAUAUCAUUAAAAAAAUAAAUAUUUUGUGUGAUAUUUUAACAGGUGAAUUGCUUUAAAAUUUAGGAACUCCAUUCCUAAAUGUAAUACCAAGAAUUAUUCUAAAUUAACAGUAAGCAAUAUUUCUAAGAGCUUUUAUUUCAUGUGUGUGUGUGUGUGUGUGUGUGUGUGUGUGUAUCAGUGUAUUGCGUGUGUGGUUUUACUCACCGAGGAUCCCUGAAAUGGCUUUCUUUGUUCCCAGAGGAAACAGUUUCGAUUUUUUAGGUGGUGGAGGUGGAAAUCUUUGGUUUCUUCAUCAGUGUACUAUGUGCUAUCAGUUCAAAUUUGAAAGCCACGUUUAUUAUUUCUGCUGUGGGGAGAAAAAUGCAGUUGCCUUUUGGGUUGGUUCUGUUGUGUGAUGUUUUACUAUUAAUCUCUGAUGAAUAAUUGCAUAAAUCGAUAAGGGGACUAGGUGAGAAAUGAUGGGUAACAGGAAGCAGAUAUCCAUGUCUGAUAGAUUAGAUGGGGUCAGCUUCCUGCCAUCUUAUCAAGGGUGAUAGCAAUCAGCAAUUAACAAUUUAAAAAUCAUUGCCUUCAGUUCAAAAUGGAGUGUCACAUUUCCAAAUAACUCAUUCUUUUCAAAUACUUGUGACAAUAGUCUACUUUCAAGACCUAUUUUAAACUGACAUAACUAUUCUCUCCUAUUGAGUAUUAAUCCUGUUUCAUUUUCAUCAGGAAAACUCUGGAACAUUUCAGUUUUGCCAACUUGUUAGAGUCCGUUGAUACCACUGAGCAUUGUUUUACUGAUUUGAGGCAGAAUUUCAGGUAUAAUAUGCUUUUCCUCAGUUCAGCACCAAAAGGACAAAUCUGCAGCAUACCAAAAUGAAGUUCAUCAUCAAAGUUAGCAUAUAAUAUUAUCAAAUGCAUUAAUAUAUGUACUUAAUAUAUAUGUUUAUUUUUAAAUUGAGUUGAAUGUAUGUUCCCCCUUCUUGAGAAUUGUAGCAUAACACUUAAAAUUAUAAUAUGAAAUAGAUUGUAUAGUAUGAAAUAAAUGUUAAAUUUUUUUAAUGGUGACUUUAGGUUUACAGCUUUUCCUGUCUUUUAGAACAAAUUAGUCAUUUUUUUUUAUCCUAAGAAAGGGUUGCAUUAUAAAGUUGCUCUACUACUCACCUAUCAGAGAAAACACAUGGGACUCAUAUCUAAUUCUCUAAUGUAGCCAAAAGUGCCGUUUGUAACACUACUUAAUGAUGGAUGUUUUCUGAAGCUCUUUUGCCUGAAAAAAAAAGUGCAUUAAAAAGCUUUUUCUGUACUGUA